UGAAAACAAAACAUAAAUAAACAACGACGGUGCGGGAGUUUGUCUUCUGGUUCUGUUUUCUAUAAUAAUUAUUCUUAAGUUUAUUUUUUGAAACGCAGACGGAGUGAAACGUGUGUAUUGAUUAUUGAAAUCCCCGAAUACUAUCGAAAAUAUACGGAAUGCCGGUUUUGUGCACAACUGGAUGUAGCCGAAAAGCGUUCCUCAAGCGUCCGAAAACAGGAGACACGCUAUGCAAAGAAUGCUUUUUCCUGGCGUUUGAAACGGAAAUCCACAAUACCAUUGAACAGAAUGCGCUUUUUAGCCGAGAUAAUCGGGUGGCUAUUGCGGCCAGUGGUGGAAAAGACAGUACAGUGUUAGCUCAUGUCCUUAAAGUGUUGAAUGAGCGAUAUAACUAUGGAUUGAAAUUGGUUCUGCUAUCGAUCGAUGAAGGAAUUACUGGCUACCGCGAUGAUAGUCUAGAAACGGUAAAAAGAAACCGAGAUGAUUAUGGAAUGCAACUGAAAAUAUUAUCUUAUGAGGAACUGUACGGAUGGACAAUGGAUAAAAUUGUAUCUGAAAUAGGCCGCUCAAAUAAUUGCACUUUUUGUGGGGUAUUUCGACGUCAAGCACUAGAUAGAGGAGCUCACUUGAUGAAGGUCGACUGUGUUGCUACAGGGCAUAACGCCGACGAUAUAGCUGAAACUGUACUGAUGAAUAUUCUUCGAGGAGAUACAGCCCGCUUGCGCAGGUGUUGUGAUAUCAAAACUGGUGGAAAAGACGUUGAUUCUAUACCACGCGUGAAACCCCUAAAGUAUGCAUAUGAAAAAGAAAUAGUGAUGUAUGCCCACUUCAAAAAAUUAGUUUAUUUCUCUACAGAAUGUGUGUUCGCGCCUAAUGCAUACCGUGGUCAUGCACGUGCGUUUCUAAAAGAUUUAGAGAAAAUACGUCCAUCUGUAAUAAUGGACAUUAUUCAUUCGGGAGAGCAGCUGUCUUUCAAAGAUACGGUAAAAAAGCCGAUUAGAGGAAAUUGCAACAGAUGUGGUUUCGUAUCAUCUCAACAACCUUGCAAAGCGUGUGUACUUUUGGAAGGAUUAAAUCGUGGAUUACCCAAACUAGGUGUUGGAAAAAAAUCAAAAGCUAACAGAAUGAUUGAUGCUCAGAAUAGUUUACGGCAGAGUGCACAUUUGGUUAAAGCUGAUUUUUGAUGUUCUGUGGAAAAUGAAAUAAAUAGAUAAACUCAUGA